AAGACUUUUAUUUUGGUGGGGCGACAUGAUGUCAUAAGGCUGCGCCGUUCUCAUGAGUCUGUGAUUUGGCUGAAGAAAGAGUAUCAAAACACAGAAAAUCUCCUGGUGAAGCAACUGAGAUCCAUGUGACACUAUUAUAAAGAUGGCGUUUAUUAAAGAGGAGAGUGAAGACUUGAAGAUUGAAGAAGCAUUCAGAGUGAAACAAGAAGAUACUGAGGAACAAGACCUGAUGGUGCUAAAAGAGAAGAGUCAAGAACUGAACGAAAAUGGUACGAGAAAGAAAGAUCUGUAUGAGAAAUGCCAUUUUUUCAUGGCUAAGGAGAAAUCAUUUAGUUACUCACCAACUCAUAAAACACAAACUAGAAACCUCCAGAAGAGAGUUCACACUGGAGAGAGCCCUUUGACCUGCCAACAGUGUGGAAAGAGUUUCAGUCGGAAAAAAAACUUUAAACUCCACUUGAAAAUCCACACUGCAGGGAAACGGUUUAGAUGCCCUCAGUGUGGAAAGAGAUUUGCACAGAAAAAAACCCUUAAAGUCCACAUGAGAAUUCACACCGGAGAGAAGCCUUUCACCUGUAAACUGUGUGGGAAGAGUUUCACAGUAAAAGGAACUCUUAAGACUCACAUGAGAAUUCACACAGGAGAGAAGCCGUUUGUUUGUGAGCAGUGUGGAAAGAGUUUCAGGUAUAAAGAAAGCCUUAAUCAUCACAUGAGGAUUCAUUCAGGAGAGAACUGUUUUGUAUGUCAUCAGUGCGAAAGGAGUUUCACAGACAGGAAUCAUCUUAAUAAUCACGCAAAAAUGCACGUUGUAGAGAAGCAUUACAUGUGCCAUCACUGUGGAAAGAGUUUCAAACACAGAACAACCCUUGAGAAUCACAUGAGAAUUCACAAUAGAGAGAAGCCUCAAAUAUGUAAUCACUGUGGAAAGAGUUUCGAACACAGAGCGCACCUUGAGAGUCACAUGAGAAUUCACACUGGAGAGAAGCCUUUCGCCUGCCCUCAAUGUGGAAAGAGCUGCACGACGAAAGGAAACCUUAAGAUUCACAUGAGAGUUCACACUGGAGAGAAGCCUUACAAGUGUCUGCAGUGUGAAAAAAAUUUCACAUAUCACACAGAUCUGAAACGGCAUUUGCAAACUCAUUCUGAAAAGUAAUUGUUGUUUUCCCUCAGUGUGAUAAGGUUUGGAAAAAAGAGAAAUUAGAACAAUCAUCUGCGCAUUCACUGAAAGACAAUUCAGUUGUGAUCAGUCUAAUAAAACAUCGCGCUUGCACAUACAUGUGAAAAGUCAUGUAAAUGUGAGACCCUGUUUAUGUUCUUUGUUAAAGAGUACGGCAAUAGAAAAUGUGUAUCUGUUUGAAAUAAAGGCUACUUUCACUCUGCA